AUGGUGAUCGACCCGCCGUUCGCCACCAGUAAAGUGCGCCUCAACACGCCGCAGGCCGACACAACCACGAUCUUCCUGCCGAGCGCGGCGGACAGCCAGGCGGGCACGCUGGUGCGGCUGCUGGACUUUGGCCUCACCAACACGAGCCAGCGCGUGGCGUGCUCGAGCUCGGCCGAUGAAGCGAGCUCGUCGAUCACCCUCACCUUCGCCCACUUCGACACCAACCUCGACUAA